AUGAGCCGAUACGACACGGCACUCACCACUUUUGCGCCGGACGGUCACCUCUUCCAGGUCGACUACGCUCUUGAAGCCGUCCGGAAGGGUACCUGUGCGGUCGGCGUUCGCGGAAAGGAAUGCGUCGUGCUCGCCGUAGAGAAGAAGUCGGUCUUGCAACUGCAGGACCCGAGGACGGUCAGGAAGACGGCGAUGCUGGAUGACCACGUCUGUUUGGGAUUUGCUGGCUUGACCGCCGACGCCCGCAUCCUCAUCGACAAGGCGCGCAUCGAGUGCCAGUCGCACCGCUUGACCGUCGAGGACCCCGUCUCGGUGGAGUACAUCACCCGACACAUCGCCGGAAUCCAGCAGCGCUACACCCAAUCAGGCGGUGUCCGUCCGUUCGGCGUCUCGUGCUUGCUCAUCGGAUUCGAUCACGACGACCCUCGCCCGAGGCUGUAUUUGACGGAGCCGAGCGGAAUUUUCAGUGCUUGGAAGGCAAACGCCAUCGGCCGCUCCUCCAAGACCGUCCGCGAGUUCCUCGAGAAGAACUGGAAGGCCGACAUGACCAAGGACGAGACCGUCCAGCUCGCGGUCAAGUCGCUCCUCGAAGUCGUUCAGACUGGAGCGAAGAACAUUGAUUUGGCGGUCAUGGACGGGUUUGGGAGUGUCAGGAACCUCACGCAAGACGAGCUCGCGGCGGUUGUCGAGCAAAUCGAGAAGGACAAGGAGGCUGAGGCAGAGCGCAAGCGAUCUCGCCUCGCACAGGCAGCCGCAAGCCGAGAUGCCAUGAUCUCGGGCGGCGGCAUCGGAGAGGGCGCGGAGGGAACGGGCGCAGUGACGGCUGAGGAGGAAGCAGGCGCAGGAGAGGUCUAG